AUGGCCUCCCUCUCUCCCGGCUCAUCAUCCUCAUACCAAGAAGGCGCAGCACUCGAUGAUUCCCAAGAGGAAGAGCUCAACCAAGGCCAGCCACAUUUAGUUUCUCGGAACAUGAGCUCUCCAGGCGAUUGGCAGUCCAAUCCUAUAACUCAGCAACCGGAAACUGCCUUCGAGCAACUUGAAUCGCAAAUAGCUUUCUAUGACUCGCCGCCGACGUAUCGCGAGAAAAACUACGAUCUGACUAAACUGCGUGGAAAAUUCAGCACGGAUUUUGUGACUCCGCCGAAUAGAGGUAGCGGCCACAAGCAUUCAACCGCACCGGAGCCUAAUCGAAAAAAACAAUUCAAUUCACAACGGGGCCUUUGCCUGGCUUCUGAAAAUACGGCUCAUGAUUAUAGUCGUUCUGCAAUGACACAGAACUUGAUCCGUAUAUACCACGACAGUAUGGAAAACGCGCUGUCAUGCUGGCUGACAGAGCACAACUGCCCUUAUAGCAACUCGGCUAGUGACAUGAUGCCUCAUAGUGAGAGAAAGGAGUGGGGCCCGAGUUGGUCAAACAGAAUGUGUAUCCGGGUAUGUCGAUUGGAUCGGGCAUCGUCCUCAGCACGAGGUCGGGCUCUAAGUGCGGAGGAGGAUAAAACCGCAGCUCGAGCACUUCAUCUAGCGAUCAUGGCAUUUGCCUCUCAAUGGACUCAACAUGCUCGGAAGGGUACAGCUUUAUCUGUUCCAGAACAUUUCGAUCUUGAUGAGAGGUCUAUUCGGCAGAAUGUUUGGAACAAAGCGCGUCACGCCCUAGAGCACUCGGCCAAGAUUCCCUCGUUUCGUAUUAUCUUCGCGAACAUUAUAUUCUCUUUGACACAGUGCCCGCUCGAUGACGCAGAAGAUAAUAGCCUCGGCCAGCUAUUGGAGAAUGAUAUUGCACCCAUGUUUCUUGAAAUCGCAAACCGCCAACUAUUUACAUUUCGACACAAGUUCACAAUAUUACAGCGGGAAGGUCCUCAAUGGAUCAGAGAGCAUCGGAGGGGAUCAAUGCGAUCAACUACGACAGAAAUGUUGGAAGUUCCGGAGCACUCGGAGCCUCCGCAUUUCGAUCCAAUUCUGGCUUGUUACGAAUACCGCAGCACACUAAGCCUUUUAUCUUGGCUAGGGAUAAUGUUUGAUACUCUGAGCUCUGCGAUGUAUCAGCGUCCACUGGUGGUUUCAGAUGAGGAUAGUCAAAUUGCAUCGGCCCCCACGUCGACUUUCCAUUCCAAUUACCAGGUAGAUCUUGACGGUUGGAAUAUCCCACGCGAUGAAUCACGCAAUCAAGCGGAUGUAUGGGGCGAUUUCUUCCUUCGUCGUCCGAUUAAGCCACACGGACUGAGUGAAGACCAACCAAGAUGGCCAUGCUCCUACGAACGUGCCGCCGCCGUGCUUUCAGAAGCAACACCUGUCAAAGUUCUUCUUUACCGGCGACUCACACAACUCCAGACUCUGAUAUACAGAGAGGCAAGUAGCGGUUGUUUCGAAGAAAUUAUCCAGAAGACCAUCCAGGUGUAUCGGUACUGGAAUUGCACAUAUCAGAAAUUCAUGCUUGACUGUGUAGCCAACCAUAACCUACUUCCUCCUCGCAUACAGUCAUGCAGACGUGAUAGAAAGCAUCGAUCAUGGAAGACUCGGAUCUGA